UUCUUCAGGCCCAUCAUCUCUCUCCGCUCGCCCUAUUCACAGCGUCAUCACAAUAGGAAAAGAGAACGAAAAUGGGAAUAAGGUUCCCUUUUCAUAGAGCCUUAACAAGCAGUUCUUCGAUGGUGGUACAGAAGAGGGCGACAACGUACCGUGAUUAGUGAGGAGUGGCGGUGACAGAGAUGACCGGCAAUAGGGAUGGUAGAUGGGCGGCAACAAUCAUCGGCGGAGAUGGCCGAUGAUGAAGCCAAUAGAAAACUUAUAAGAAUUGGUGGUGUUGCCAGUGUCCAUAUGGAGCUCAAUGAUCUACAUGCUAGUAAAGCAUCAAGAGAAGUCGAGUCCAGAAAGACACUUGGUUUUGGAAGUAGUACUGCACUCAUAUCCUCUGAUCCCUGCCAUGGCCAAUGCUGCUACUACCCUUGUUUCAGUCUGUGCAGAGGAAGGAAACUCUUCCUUGAAGGUGGAGCUCAAAUGCUCACUUGUCAGAUUUUCGUUAUGAUCGAUAUUCCCUUUAAAUUUGGAAUAAGUGGGAAACCUGGUGAACUCUCCAAGGAGUUUGCUGCUGCUGUGGUUCUUCUUAUUUGUGUGUCCAUUGCAGGAUUUGCAAGUUGUCUGAUUGAUGAGGUUGAAGAUGAGGACGGCAGUGAAGACAAGGAAGAGUUGUUUACGAGACUGCCAUUUGCAUAGCUUGGCAGUUCGGCCUCAUGUCGGUAUUCAUUCGAUUCUUAAUAUAAUAUCAAUCAGCAUGUUGAUGAAAAGCAGCAUGGAUUGAGCUACCAUGGUAAAGCAUUCCUCGUUUUGGAUUAUGUAUGAACAGCAUGAAUAACUUACAACUGUUGGGUGGUUUGGAAAUGAGAAGUCAUGCCGUUUUGAAAAA